AUGAAGUGGGAAUACAAGGAAGAGCACCCUUUCGAGAAACGACGGGCUGAAGGAGAGAAAAUUCGGAAGAAGUACCCGGACAGAGUUCCGGUAGGUAGGGCUCGCGACUGAUCGAAAACUUACUGUCAAUUCAUGAUUUUUAUUCCUAAGAUCCGUCGAUUACCAUUAUUUGAGGGAACAACUUAUGUAGGUUCAGCUGCUUAAGAGCUAUGUUACUGUGUAGAAAGUGAAGUUGUUUCUAAAGCGAAACUUUAAUAUCAUUUGAAGAAAAUAAACAUGGCGUCAGCGACAACUCUUGGUGCAACGUCACGAAAUUUCUAUAUGUCCAUGUAGAGGAAAUUGUCUUCUCCUUUCUCAGAAUGGUAAAUAAACGCCGUGGCAAAGUUCACAAAGCUGUAUUAUUUGAGAUCGACAGAAUCUCCGAGUGUAAGCUAUGUUUUGAUGCCGUCUUCAGCUGUCUUUCUUGUGAAAACUGAAAUAGCUGACGACUUACGAAAGCUUGUUUCUUCACUCGGUAACGUUGCCUGACAAAUUUUUGAUCCUGUGAAUCCUAUUAAAAAUGCAUUGAGAUUGUGUUAGAAAGUCAUUUGAUUAGACUGAUAAGCUGACAUAUGUUAAGACUUUGUCUCCGAAAUAAAAAAUGGCGAAACAGUUCCCUGGAAUAUUCCAGAAAAAUCGUGUGUAUGGUAAAAAAAAAUGAUUAAGAUCGAUUAAAUAAUAAUAGUUGAAAACCUUGAUGGCUUAACUUAAAAGAAUAUAUAUAUACAUAUGAUAUUUGUUAAAAUCUAUUUAUGCAUGGCUUCUUGUUGUGGCAUGUUUUAAUUCACUAAGAAUUAUUGCUUGCAAUUUCCUACAGAUUUCUUGUAGAGGACUACAUUAAAGACCUAAAUUCCUUUCUUAAGUUAUACCCCGAUGAUAAAUUUCACUGUAAUUCGGUAUGAGAGAAUUUGAGGUGGUCAUAAAUAAACUUAGAAUCAACAAGUUCUUUGAAAUGCUUUCAGAGGCUGAUAAAUUAAGCUUUGUGAGCAUUUUUUGACAAAUUUCUUCUGUAUACAUUGAGGAGAAAAAUUUCACUCUGAAUUCUGAGAUCUUAUUGAGGAAUUUAACUAUGACAAAACAAUUAAUUUUUUUACUGUAGAAGAGUGUAGGUGUAUGAUGACUACAGUGUGGGAAUGUUUUGGAUGGUGCUGAGUCAUCACACAUUUCAAAGCAGUAUCAUGAAACAUUAUGAGUAUCUUUAAAUUUAAACAAACAUGAACUUGAGCAUAUACAUGUGGAUGUACGAUGGAACAAAUGGCUUUUAGGACACAUUUUACCUGGUUAGCAGUAAUUAUGUUAUGUUUAUGGCACUUUAUUGAAGAGUUUCAAGUUGAAAUGAAGAGGAGAUGUAGAAGCAACUGGUAGUUAUGUGAAAUUAUCCAUUAUAUUAACUUAAAAAAGUGAAACUAUGUAAAGUGGCCCCUCAAUGGAGUGGACAAAAAUUAUAAAGUGACCACCUGUCAGUCUGGAUUUUGUUAUUUUACAUUGCAUUUAUUGUUUUGUUCUUCUCUUUCAUAAGGUUAUUGUUGAGAAAGCACCAAAAGCAAGGAUAGGAGACUUGGAUAAGAAGAAAUACCUGGUUCCCUCAGAUUUGACAGGUUUGUCAAAAUAUUAAGUUCAAAUAGGAUUAAGUAUGUGAUUGUUUAUUGAAUGUGGUUCCCACUAAGGAUACAUUUUUUUUAUGAUGACUUCCCCCAUCAGCUCUUAGUCUUAGUCAUGAUUAGUUUCUAACAUGUCAUGAGAUGGUAGUAUGGGAAACCAUGAUGGUUUUACUCUUUUAGGUUGCUGUUCUGAAAUCUAAUCACACAAAUUUAUGCAAGUUUCCUGCAUUACAAACUACAUUUCAGUGUGGGUGAAACUCAUUGACAAAGCAAAUGAAGGUCUCAUAGCCUUGUUAUUCAGCAUUCCUACCCAUCUUCUAUUGGUUACGAAGGCAUUUACUUAGUUCUAGUUAGAAGAAGUCUUGGAAAACAGUUAUUGCCAGGAAAACCAAAGGAAAUAAUUGAAAAUUUUGUUUGAACAACAAAACAAGAGACACCUUGAUCAGAUGUCUCUUUACCCAUUACAAAUAAACUAAUACUGAUCAUUAGUCGUAGAAAGUCAUGUAAUUCUGUGACUGGAAAAGUGGUCAUGCGAAAAUUAAUAUUGGUGUUUUUACUUUUAUCUUCCAUAGUUGGACAGUUUUACUUCCUUAUUCGGAAGCGAAUUCAUCUCAGACCUGAAGAUGCCUUGUUCUUUUUUGUGAACAAUGUCAUCCCCCCCACAAGUGCAACGAUGGGUCAGCUUUACCAAGAACAUCAUGAAGAAGACUUCUUCCUCUACAUAGCAUACAGUGACGAGAGUGUCUAUGGAGCUCAGUAGAAAAAAAAAAGAGAUAUUUGUAUAGUUGAACUUUUAAUUUGGGUCAGUGAGGCUGUGAAUGAAUUCUUUUAGCAGCUUUAGUCAAGGUUAUAAAAUUAUUACAAGUACAGUAAAUAGAAAAAGUGUUAUUGCUAUAUUUUGUGGUUAGUAAUUAACUUGCUUUGGUCAGCAGUCACAAUGUUUAAAGUACAUGUAUAUUUUUGUUGCAAGCAGGCUGCUUUGCUGAAUUCAAUCAAAAGUCUCAUUAUUCCAACGAGAGCGUAAUUGCCAUGACAGUAGCUCAGUAGACAAACUUGAAGUAAUCAAUGUUGAAAACUCGAUCAGUUAUGCUCCCUUCCAAAGGUGUUAUACCAUCCUUUCAUCCAUUUACUUCCCACCAGCUGAUAUAAAAAGUACUCAGAUACUGAUUAAUUCUGGUUCUCAAAGGGUUUAAGCCAUACGUCACUUAGGGGUCGCUCAUUUGGGGGAACUUUUUCUCUGUCCAACCAUUUUCUUGCUUUAGUAUGAGUUAUCAGGGUCAACAUGGCUGUUGUUACUACUGAUAAUAUCAUGCAUUAUCUUCAUGUAGGUUAACAUUUUGAUUCUAUAGAGUGAACAGUAUUUAAUUAUCUUCAAUUUGUAAUACACUGUUAAAGUUCAGAUGAUGAGAAUGAGGAAAAUUAUAAAAUACACAGAAGUUAUUGUGUUCAUGUAAUAACACAUAGCCAGCGAAGAAUUUUCUGCUUGUUAACCAAGGGAAUUACUGUCCUCUCAGCUCCCAGAGGUAGUUCUGAAAUGUACCAUGACAGCUGAAACAGGUCACAUUUUCAAUUUACACUGCGAAACCACCACCUGGAUCUUCCCUUCAGUGGAAUAACCAGGUGCCCCCUUAGAAGUAUGGGGUUUCCAAAACAGUAGUUAGUUGCCUGUGACACCCUAGUGCUGGUGAAGCACAGCCCAAGAGUAGGUUCAACAAUCACUGUUUAAUCCCUUGCACAUAUAUGACCUUGAAAAGUUUGCAGCAUUUGUGAUGAAUGAUCUUUAGUUUUUGGUUGGUUACCGUGUUCUACAUAUCUUUCUCAUCUGCUGCCACUUUAAGAAGUUACAUGUAUUUAGAGAUAAAAAUCUGUUGUGGUGUAGAUUAUCUGCAAUAGAUCUCUUUACAACUAUGGUGGUGUGAAAGUUUUCCCUUCCCCUCUGUGCAUUUUAUUUUAAUGAUUAUCAAUAAAUCAAUUUGUUGACCAAUAUAAUUUUUGGUAAAUAGGUUUUA